AUGGGAGACGCUCGUGUUGACUUACUCGAAUGGAAAACUUAUUCCAAAAUCAGUCUCGAUGAAGAUCCUAUCAUCGUGCUUGGAUGCGGCCAUUUCUUUACCAGUGAGUCGGUUGAUGGAUUGGUUGGCCUGGAUGAAGUAUACACGAGAGAUAAAGAUGGAAAAUUCGACGGUCUCCGAGAUGUCUCUUCUUCUCUUGCCAGUGUCAUACCAUCGUGUCCGGACUGUAAGCAGCCCAUCCGCCAGUUUGUGACGAAACGUUACAAUCGUCUUAUCAACCGUGCUGUUAUGGAUGAGACUUGUAAGCGGUUCCUUAUCAAGGGUCGCACAGACCUUGAAGGCCUUGAAUCGCGUCUAAAUGACAUUGAAGACAAGCUUAACUCUAAGCGAGCAUUGAUAGCGGUGGGGGACACUAAAUUCCAGAAUAGAGCAGAAUAUGCAGCCUGUGAGCGCCUUGCAACGGAGGCUUUAGCUCUCAGCAAAGCCAUGAAGGCUGAGAAUCAGCCGAUGAAACGGCUCAUGGAUGCGAUUGCCAUCUACCAGAAGUCACCAAGGGACGAUGUAGCCUCCCUCUCAGCCCGAAUGGAGGCGAUGAAUAUAGCAACACGAGAAUCCGACAACCAAAUCACCCUCGGCGCACGGCUAAUUUACAUUAAGUCCAAGGAAGUCAUGUUUACCGAUGUCUUUAGAGUGAUAGAUUCAAGCAGAAAAUCUGCAACACUACCACAGCUAAGCUUUGCCAAGCUAUCAUUAACCUUGAUUCAAGUUCUGAAGGAUUGCCGAGACUUGAUAACUCAAGCCAAUGAAGGAAAUUUCUCCCGCAUCGUCAUCCUGGCGACCAUAUCAUUCGCCAAGAUCGCCCAGCUGGACGCGUGGUAUCACCGCUCUCAUCCAGGAGAAACAACAAGCGAUCUACAUCUCAAAGGAAAAACUGGUCUAGAAAAUCUUGAAGAUCGCUUUCAAACCACCCGCGAUCUCCUCGCUGCUGCGUUAAAACUAUGUGACGAACUGAGGAACUGUCCUGAGCUCCAACAAAAGACCCAGGAGAUGGUCCGCCUCUAUGAGGGAACGCGAUACGAAACCGUCACUUUAGAAGAACUUCAAUCAAUCAAGACGGCCAUGGUUAGUGGGCGAGGAGGAAUCGCGACUCACUCUGGGCACUGGUACAAUUGCAUCAACGGACAUCCGGUGAGUAAAUUUCCCAUUCCUCGAAUUGCCCCAAGUUACCUUUGA